CAAGGAGAGCGUUUGACAUCGAUAAAUGCGUGCGAGUGCUCGCGAAGCGCGGAGGUGCCAAGCUGUCGCUCGCUCGCUCGCUCGCCCGCUCGUUUGUUUGCUCCGAAUCGGUCGCGAAUUGCCGCCGUCGCCGUCGCCGUUAGAAUCCGCAUCUUUUCAUCGCCGUUUUCACACGUCGUGAUCGUGUUGCUCGCUCUCCACUCACGUUCGGCACUCUCCGUUGUCUGAUCAUCCCGCCGCUACCGCCGUCGUCGUCGCCACCGCCACCGCCGCCGCUGUGCGCCCCUCCGCCCCUGUGGGAAACCUGUGAGAGAGCUAGUAGUGCUGGGCAGUGCUGAUCGUCCACACAACAGUGAACAGGCACCGUUAAGCUGAACAUGGCUACGCUUCAACGAUGCCAAUACCUGAUGAUAUGCGGACGGUUACAAAGAGGCCAAAGACGAAGAAGUCCCAAGGCAGCAGAACGACUCAUAAUGAGCUGGAGAAAAACAGGAGAGCCCAUCUUAGGACUUGUCUAGAAAAGUUGAAGCUACUAGUGCCACUUGGACCCGAAACUUCGAGGCAUACCACGUUAGGCCUCUUGACCAAGGCCAAGCGUUUUAUCAAGAACCUGGAGGAUCGCGAGCGCAAGCACGCCAUACACAAAGACCAGCUGUCGCGUGAGCACAGGUUCCUGAGACGACGGCUUGAGCAGCUGACGAGCCAGACCGGCCUUCACGGCCUUCACGCGCUUCAUGGCCUCCAUGGACUCAGCACGAGCGCGCCAACCGGCUCCGCCGCCGCUGCUGCUGCGGCCUCUGCGGCGAUGCUGUCCAAACGGCGCAGCGUCUCCGAGUGCUCCCUGGGCACGGCGUCUACCAGCUCCACCGGGAGCUCCAGGAACUCUGAUAGGUCUGCGGGCAGUCCAUCAGUCUCGGAGUCCGAUGAAGUGGACGUGAUUGGUUAUACAAGUAACCAAUCGGACACCGAUGACCAUAGUAGCGUACAGAGUAGUAGCGACAGUGGUGUCGCAAUGUCCACCUCCAGGCUGACUCUUUCUGAGAUGAUGGAUAAUCUUUAGACAAAGAGAUGGCGUGAUGACAGCACACGAAGAAGCGAUUGAGGAAGAUAAAUAGAAGAACAGGGGGUGGGGGAGGGGGAAAAGUGAUGCGAAAGGAAGAUUUAUCGGGGCGUACGAAAAUUAACGGCGUACGAGAUAUCGAUUUAUACACACAUAAACAUCAUACAUACAUAAAGUACACAUUUAAAUUCGUAUUUGUGCAAUUUCGUCCUUUUAAAAUGGCCUGGCUGGGAAAAACUACGAAAAGGAAGAGUAAAGUCUUUGAGAGACCGUUCGACUCUGCAAAGACUUUCAAAGAACAGAGGAGAUUUCGAAUAUCGCGGAAGUCGAGAGGGGCGAGAAUUCGGGGAAAACUCGGAGAACAUCAGUUGCAACAUGAAGAAGAAGAAACAAAAAAUAGGAAAAACGGAAUCGUCUUUGAUACCAUUUUAGUUAUAGUUUAUACUAUAAAGAAUCUGAUGCUUUUGAUGGAAAAGAAACCGGCAAAGGAAGAAGAGCAAUUGACUUGAAGAAAAGACAUUUAUCAAGGAAUCCAUACAAAGAAAAAGAGAGUAGAGAUGAAAGGAGAAAACUAUUCUGAAGGAAGAAGAAGGAACAGGCCACUCUGCAAAAAUGUGAACUCUACGAAAGACUCGACAGAAGCAGGAAAAGUGAAGAACAGAUUGAUUUCAAUCUUAACAAAAGAAGAAGAGAGAAUAUUAAGGAAGAAUAUGCGUAAAGCAUAAAUACCAUGCCGAAUCUGAGUUUGCAUUCUAAAUAGAGUAACUAUUACAAAAAAAAACGUCCAAUCGCAGAGAAGACAAAUGACUUAUCAGGACUUGGAAAUACAAAUCGACGAGUUAUUGCACAUUUUCCGUAACAAAGUAAAACAUAGAACUACAUAUAUUAUGCAUAAAGAGAGAAAAGUAAAAGAAAAGAGGAAAAAGAUUAACUUAAAGACAAGAAGAAUAACCAAAAGAAGAGAAAAUGCACAGAACUAAAAAAAAGAUGAAAAAGAUAAAAGAAACAAAGACAAUCUAACGAGAAAGAAAAUCAGCCAUUAUUAGGAAGCCUAAUCUCACUAAAAAGGAACAUAAGCACGAGAGAUAAGAAAAAGGCAAAGAUAGUUGAACGGAGGCAGAAGGAAGAGGAAGGCGAUAAGAGCAACUGGAAGAAUGCGAAGAACAAUGCAGGUUGUAAAUUAUCGAGUGCUGACGAUUGCAGCAGCAUUGUACAUAGUUUUAAGAACGAACAGAUAUAUCGAGAGAACGUAGAUUGCGAGAAAGGGAGAGAGAGGAUAUGUGUGUAUGAGAGAUAGAGA